AUUAGAAAGGAGUAUUUUACCUCUCUAUAUAGCCCUAUAAGAGAAAGAGCAUUAACGCUUGAGAAUAUUAAAGCUAGGUUCGCUGCUAGUGCUUUGUUCCCAUUUAACCAAGAUAGAGUAGUUAGAGAUAGUUAUACCAAAGCCUCUUAA